AUGCCCUCUGUACCGUCCGAAGCACUGGCGCUGUUGACGCGGAGAGCGACAGAGCAGACCACGGAGGAAUUGUUGAAGAGAGUCAACAUCCCUAUCAAUAGCACGACUCCACCUGCCCUUCUCGAUGCGAUACAACACGAUCCAUUCAACAGUGCAGACAAGUAUGGACUGAUAUUUGUCUUUAUCGGGAUCAUACUGGUCGUCACCACGACGAUAAAGCGGUUAUACUACUACUGGGGCGACAAGAUCCGGACGGCGCUGUACAAGGAGGAAGUCAUAAACUCGGCGUCGACACUCAGUCCGGUAGGCUUCUCGCCUCAUGCAGGAUUUGGCACCUACGAAUUGCCCAGCGCAAUCAGUGCGCACACUGAUGCCUCGACAAGGCAUUUCUUUCCGGACAAGGGGCCAUUGGUGGCCGAGAAAGCAAAGCAACAAGCAGCCGUAUCUGCGAUUGCACCUCUUAACAAUGCGAUUGCCUUCUUCCGGUGGAUAUUCUACCGUCCAAUUCCAGCUAUCAGGAUCGGCAAGUACAGAUUUACAUUCCCUUCGCUGGGGGUGCUUGCAGUGAUGCUCAUCGGUCUGGUCUCGUCGAUACUCUAUUGCUUCCUGCCGACACCGCUGUUCUACGCCUCAAUGUCCUACGGAUCACCUCCAUUAGCGAUUCGAGCAGGGAUGAUGUCGGUCUCCUUAUUACCGUGGACCGUUGUCUUGGCCAACAAGGCGAAUCCGAUUGCCUUCUUGACUGGAAUUGGUGCUGAACGACUUGUUGUAAUGCAUCGCUGGACAGCAUACCUGUGUGUCAUCUUCGCCGUCAUUCAUGCUGUUCCAUACUGGUAUCAGUCCGUCAACGACCCUGAAGGCUAUGCUACCUUCCGACUGUAUUUCAGUCAACAAUACUGGGUCUACACUACCGGCAUUGCUGCCAUUGCACCUCUCCUUUUCCUUGCCCUACACUCUGUACCUAUCCUGCGGCACAAGGCAUACGAGCUCUUCGUCUUCCUCCACAUCCCGGUCGCCUGGACCUUCAUUGGUCUCAUGUUCUGGCAUUGCCACAAUUACUUGACAUCAUGGGCGUACCUUUACUCUACUGUGGCCCUAAUGCUUGUGUCCCUGGUCACCCGCCUCUUCUUCCUAAACUGGAUGAAUCCGUUCCGGUCAUCGUGGCUCAUUGGAGAAGAAUCAGCUGUCACCAUUCUACCGGAAAACGCCAUCAAGGUGACCAUUCCGACACAGAAGAGAUGGCGCCCUGGUCAAUACGCGUACCUACGCAUGCCCGGCAUUUCUCCCCUCGAGAACCAUCCUUUCACCAUUGCUUCGCUCUGCAGCGAAGACUUCCCCUCCGAAUAUGGCGAACAGUACAGAGACAUGACCCUCGUCUUCCGCCCAUUCUCAGGUUUCACCCGCAAAGUCCUCGACACAUCGGUCAAGAAGGGUCCCUAUAAAACCUACCGGGCCUUCAUUGAAGGCCCUUAUGGGGGUAUGCAACGGCAAAUGGCCUCUUUCGACCAAGUCAUAUUUUUCGCCGGCGGAAGCGGUAUCACCGCCAUUGCAUCACAACUCCUCGAUCUGAUCAAGCGCAUGCGUGAUGGCAAGGCCACCACGACGAAAGUGCACGUGAUCUGGGCCAUGAAACGACCCGAUAUCAUGGAGUGGUUCAAGGAGGAACUGCGGAUAUGCAGAGAAUGUGCACCUCCUGGCUCGGUGCAAUGCCACUUCUUCAUCACCGCCGCCAGGCGAUAUGAUCCGCCUCUCGAGACGAAAGAACACCGUCUCAGCGGGAUUAGAGACAAAAUCACCGAUGUGAUUGACAAAGCGACAAGCGGCUCGAAGCGCAACUCGGCGCUCGUUAUGAUGGAGCAAGAACCCGACCUUAAGCGCGAGUUCGAAGACAGCAUCACGGCCCUGCCGCAUGCAUACCUCGCGCCACCUCGACACCUUGCUCCUCCUGGCACGACAGCAACCGCUAACAACCAACUCUACUACCCACCUCCACCCACAGACAAACGCACAUCUACAAUCUCCCAAGCCCAGAUCGAAGCAACCCGCACCUUCGACUUCGGCUUCCCUCAAACUCCCACGAAAUUUCAAAAGAACCUCAUGCGCUUCGCCUUCCUGCCCACCAAUGUGGGCGGCUCUUCUGGUCUCGGCGGACACAAACGGGACGGCUGGCGGACAGAGUACGGCCGCCCGGAUAUCCCAUACAUGCUGAAAGGACUGUCCCGGGAGUUCGGACGGCGGACUUGCGUCUAUGUAUGUGGGCCGCCAGAGAUGAGGACAGACGUGAGUAAUUGCGUUGCGCGGCUACAGUGGGACGUCAUGACCAGCAGUGGCAUGGACGAGGUGUUUUUGCAUGCAGAAAACUAUGCAAUCUAA